AUGAAGAAAUAUUCAUGUUUAUUGGAGGGAACCACGUUUUCUGAUCGAAAUUCGGGGUUUUUAUUUACUAGUGAAUCGCCUGGUCCUUCUGAGAGCUUUAGUACAGAAUUACUCGCACAAUCUGCCUUGGAUAAAUACUCUGAUCAAAGUGAUUAUUCUUUUUCAGAUGACAGUAAUCAAUAUUCAUCACUUCUAAGUCAUGAGACACAUUUUAGUUGUCACAUACCCUGUUAUACACAGCAAAGAACGGUUCGAGAUAGUGAUGAUCACAAAUCAAAGCUUAUAACACGGAAAGAAUGUUCUGGAGCUAGUAAUGUACUAUUAUCUCAUUGUCCAAGCUCACGUUCUAACUUGGCUAGAAAUCGUUUUGAAAGGACAGCAUCACUGAAACGUACUCCAGUAUUUUAUGAAAAACACACAGAUGACGGUGAAAAACGAAGAUCUGGUUCCUGUAACUUUGUGUCUGAUGAGAAAGGCCGUAAUAUUCUUUCUAGGCGGUAUGAGUGUCUAUGUUCCGUCUGUUUCAUUCCUCGUAUAUCAAAACCCGAAAAAUAUAAGACCAGAAGCACAAGGAAACAAAACAAAACUGUGUUAGACACAGAUUACCAUACUGUUAAUCUAAGAAGAAAAGUAUCAGCCAAGCAAUUUACUACUACCGAUAGUACUAGUAAUGAACAAACAUAUAAUCGACCAUCAUCUAAAGUUUCACCUUAUAGUGGGGGUUCACCUACCUCAGAUUUGUAUGAUAUAACAGAAUGCUUGAUCAGUGAAUGUGUUCGAGAUCAUUUAUUGAUCAAACCUGUGAUCUCUAAAAAUGACUAUAACGUAACUAUAAGCUCAAACAGUGAUGUGGUGAAUAACGCUAAAUGUCUACACAAUUCGAAUGAUAAACUGUCGGCAUGGGGAUGUUGGUUGUUAGAGAAAGAAAAACAAAGACGAGAACAGAAAAAAGAGUCAAAAAAGAAACAGAUUGAAGAAAUUCAAAAGAGGAAUCAGUUAUUGGUGCAAAAAAUAAAUCGUAGAAGGUUAGUUGAACAAAAAUGUAAAGAAUGGACUGAAGCAAAACAAAAAGAAAGAAUACAAAUAAAAAAACUUCGAGAGAUAGAGAAGAAAAACGAAGAAUCAAAAAAAUUACAAGAAUUACUUGAACACACACAGAAAUCCAAAUUGAGAUAUCAAGAGUGGUGUAAAAAGAAAACUGAAGAAGAGUAUAAGAAAAUCGAUUAUAUAAGACAAAUUGAACUCAAAAAACACAUAGCUAAUCAAACUCGUAAAGAAGCUUCAACUGUAGCCUAUGACCAUUGGUUAAAAUCGAUUGGUUGUAAGAAAUCCGCUUCACACUAUUCACAUGGAUAUUCUGAUGGAAAACUAAUAGACUAUUACGAUCGAACAGCCAAUCCCUCUCCAAGUUUUGUGAAUCCGAACCCAUGGAUUAAUUCUACAGAUUUAACUCUACAGAGCUGAUACAAGACAACAGUCCAGCAGUUAUACUGGUCAAACUUAUCAAAGAUCCUAUUCACUUUUCAAUUAACAAGACUGUAUUAUUGUUACUUGUUGAGUAGAUCACUUUCGAUGUUUCACUAUUCAUGAUAAAAUUUAAGGAGAGGGUUACCAGUAGAUUUUGUCAAAACCAGUUGGGCGCUAUGAGAAUUCCAUGGCUCCUUAAUUAAGUAGAUAUUAGGUUAAAUCCUUCACAAUCUUUA